UCCGGGAGGAGUUUUGGGCCCCGCGAGGCGCCGUCGGGCGCCGCCCCCUCCCACUAGCGGUAGCCGCGGACACACCGAGAGCCCGCGUCGGCGUCGUUGGGGAGAGCCGCGCAGUCUCAGCAUGGGCGAGCAAGGCCUGGAGCUGGCUUCCAUGAUCCCCGCCCUGCGGGAGCUGGGCAGUGCCAAUCCAGAGGAAUAUAAUACAGUUGUACAGAAGCCAAGACAAAUUCUAUGUCAGUUCGUUGACCGAAUACUUACAGAUGUAGAUGUUGUUGCUCUAGAACUUGUAAAGAAAACUGACUCUCAGCCAACCUCUGUAAUGUUGCUUGAUUUCAUCCAACAUAUCAUGAAAUCCUCCCCACUUAUGUUUGUAAAUGUGAAUGGAAGCCAUGGGCAAAAUGAGGCCAAAGGCAGUUGUAUUGAAUUCAGUAAUUGGAUCAUAACAAGACUUCUGCGGAUUGCAGCAACUCCAUCCUGUUACAUGUUACAUAAGAAAAUCUGUGAAGUCAUCUGCUCAUUAUUAUUCCUUUUUAAAAGCAAGAGUCCUGCUAUUUUUGGGGUACUCACAAAGGAAUUAUUACAUCUUUUUGAAGACUUGAUUUACCUCCACAGGAGAAAUGCAAUGGGAGACAUUGUAGAAUGGCCAGUAGUUGCUAGCCAAUUUUUAAGUCAAUUAGAUGAACACAUGGGAUGUUUACAACCAGCUCCUUUGCAGUUCACGACCAUGCAAAAUUUAGAAUUUAUUGAAGUUACUUUAUUAACGGUUCUUAUUCGUAUUAUUGCGAUUGUGUUUUUUAGAAGGCAAGAACUCUUACUUUGGCAGAUAGGUUGUGUUCUGCUAGAGUAUGGUAGUCCAAAGACUAAAUCCUUAGCAAUUAGCCUUUUAACUGAACUCUUUGAGCUUGGAGGACUACCAGCACAACCAGCCAACACUUUUUUCAGCUCAUUUUUGGAAUUAUUAAAACACCUUGUAGAAAUGGAUACUGACCAAUUGAAGCUCUUCGAAGAGCCAUUAUCGAAGCUGAUAAAGACACUAUUCCCCUUUGAAGCAGAAGCUUAUAGAAAUAUUGAACCUGUCUAUUUAAAUAUGCUACUGGAAAAACUCUGUGUCUUGUUUGAAGAUGGUGUGCUUAUGCAGCUUAAGUCUGAUUUGCUAAAAGCAGCUUUGUGCCAUUUACUGCAGUAUUUCCUUAAAUUUGUGCCAGACGGGUAUGAAUCUGCUUUACAAGUCAGGAAGGUCUACAUCAGAAAUAUUUGCAGAUCUCUUGUGGAUGUGCUUGGACUUCAGGUAGAUGCAGAGUACUUAUUGGGCCCACUUUAUGCAGCCUUGAAAAUGGAAAGUAUGGAAAUCCUUGAGGAGAUUCAAUGCCAAGCUCAAUGGGAAAGCCUCAGCAGUGAUAGUGAUGGAAUAUCACCCAAAAGGCGUCGACUCAGUUCAUCUCUAAACUCUUCCAAAAGAGCACUGAAACAGACUGAGGAAAUUAAACAUGUGGAUAUGAAUAAAAAGAGCAUAUUAUGGAGCGCACUGAAACAGAAAGCCGAAUCCCUUCAGAUUUCCCUUGAAAACGGUAAUCUAAAGAAUCUUGUUAUUGAGACUUUAGAAGGAAUCGUUGUUGUCUUACAACUGACUGCUCUGUGCACUGUUCACUGUUCUCAUCAAAACGUGACCUGCCAUAAUUUCAAGGACUGUCAAGAUAAAUGUAAGAAGAACCCUUCAGUGGUGAUAACUUGGAUGUCUUUGGAUUUUUACACAAAAGUGCUUAAGACCUGUAGGAGUUUGUUAGAAUCUGUUCAGAAACCUGACCUGGAGGCAAUCAUUGAUAACACGGUGAAAAUUUAUGAUGCUUUGAUUUAUAUGCAGGUGAAAAGUUCAUUUGAAGAUCAUAUUCUGGAAGAUUUAUGUGGAAUGCUGUCACUUCCAUGGAUUUAUUCCCAUUCUGAUGAUGGCCGUUUAAAGUUGACCACAUUUGCCACUAAUCUUCUAACAUUAAGCCAGAGGAUUUCAGAUGGCUACUCACCACAGGCACAGUCACGAUGUGUGUUUCUUCUAACUCUGCUUCCAAGAAGAAUAUUCCUUGAAUGGAGAACAGCAGUUUACAACUGGGCACUACAGAGCUCCCAUGAAGUAAUCCGUGCUAGUUGUGUUAAUGGAUUUUUUAUCUUAUUGCAGCAGCAAAAUUCUUGUAACAGAGUUCCCAAGAUCCUUAUAGAUAAAGUUGAAGGUGAUUCUGACAUUGUCAAGAAAGAAUUUGCCUCUAUACUUGGUCAACUCGUCUGUACUCUUCAUGGGAUGUUUUAUUUGACAAGUUCUUUAACAGAACCUUUCUCUGAACAUGGACAUGUGGACCUCUUCUGUAAGAACCUGAAAGCCACCUCUCAACAUGAAUGUUCAUCUUCUCGACUAAAAGCUUCUAUUUGCAAGCCGUUCCUUUUCCUCCUGAAAAAGAAAACACCUAGUCCAGUAAAACUUGCUUUUAUAGAUAAUCUACAUCAUCUUUGUAAGCAUCUUGAUUUUAGAGAAGAUGAAACAGAUGUAAAAGCAGUUCUUGGAACCCUGUUGAAUUUAAUGGAAGAUACAGACAAGGAUGUUAGAAUGGCUUUUAGUGGAAAUAUCAAGCAUAUAUUGGAAUCCUUGGACUCUGAAGAUGGAUUUAUAAAAGAGCUUUUUGUAAUAAGAAUGAAGGAAGCAUAUACACAUGCGCAAAUAUCAAGAAAUAAUGAGUUGAAGGAUACCUUGAUUCUUACAACAGGGGAUAUUGGAAGGGCAGCAAAAGGAGAUUUGGUACCUUUUGCACUCUUGCAUUUAUUGCAUUGUUUGUUAUCCAAGUCAGCAUCAGUCUCUGGAGCUGCAUACACAGAAAUUCGAGCUCUGGUUGCAGCUAAAAGUGUUAAACUGCAAAACUUUUUCAGCCAGUAUAAGAAACCCAUCUGUCAGUUUUUGGUAGAAUCCCUCCACUCCAGUCAGAUGUCAGCACUUCCGAGUAUUCCAUUCCAGAAUGCUGAGUUGCGAAAACAAGAUGUAGUUCACCAGAGAGAAAUGGCUUUAAAUACUUUAUCUGAAAUUGCCAACGUUUUUGACUUUCCUGAUCUUAAUCGUUUCCUUACUAGGACAUUGCAAGUUCUACUACCUGACCUUGCUGCCAAAGCAAGCCCUGCAGCGUCUGCUCUCAUUCGAACUUUAGGAAAACAGUUAAAUGUCAAUCGUAGAGAGAUUUUAAUAAAUAACUUCAAAUAUAUUUUUUCUCAUUUGGUUUGUUCCUGUUCCAAAGAUGAAUUAGAACGUGCCCUUCAUUAUCUGAAGAAUGAAACAGAAAUUGAGCUGGGGAGCCUGUUGAGACAGGAUUUCCAAGGAUUGCAUAAUGAAUUAUUGCUGCGAAUUGGAGAACACUAUCAACAGGUUUUCAAUGGUUUGUCAAUACUUGCCUCAUUUGCAUCUAGUGAUGAUCCCUAUCAGGGCCCAAGAGAUAUCACAUCAUCUGAACUGAUGGCUGAUUAUUUGCAACCCAAGUUGUUGGGUAUUUUGGCCUUUUUUAAUAUGCAGUUACUGAGCUCCAGUGUUGGCAUUGAAGAUAAGAAAAUGGCUUUGAACAGUUUGAUGUCUUUGAUGAAGUUGAUGGGACCCAAACAUGUCAGUUCUGUGAGGGUGAAGAUGAUGACCACUCUGAGAACUGGCCUUCGAUUCAAGGAUGAUUUUCCUGAAUUGUGUUGCAGGGCCUGGGACUGCUUUGUUCGUUGCCUGGAUCAUGCUUAUCUCGGCUCCCUUCUCAGUCAUGUAAUAGUGGCUUUGUUACCUCUCAUACACAUCCAGCCUAAAGAAACUGCAGCUAUCUUUCACUACCUCAUAAUUGAAAACAGGGAUGCUGUGCAAGAUUUUCUUCAUGAAAUAUAUUUUUUGCCUGAUCAUCCAGAAUUAACAAAGAUAAAAGCAGUUCUCCAGGAAUACAGAAAGGAGACUUCUGAGAGUACUAAUCUUCAAACAACUCUUCAGCUAUCUAUGAAAGCAAUUCAACAUGAAAAUGUAGAUGUUCGUAUUCAUGCUCUUACAAGCUUGAAGGAAACCUUGUAUAAAAAUCAGGUACACUAAGGUGAUAUCAUUAAAUAGCCAUAGAAAGGAAAUAUUUGAG